UUUUCAUUUCAUCAAAACCAUGGAGAAAAGACUCCGAUCAUCUCUCCACAACUCCGCCGACGAAUUCAUCUCGUCGGCGGCCAAACUAGGUUUGAAAUCGGUAAAACCUUCUCUCAAAACCCUAGUUCAUCGUAUAACUCCUUCAUCUGAACUUUCUUCAUCUCUUCCUCUCGCUAUCAACAAUGCUAUUUCUCGAUCCCUUUCUCUUUACAAGCAAUCGUUUCAUCCAACCAACGCAGAUCUCGAAUUCUCUCCAAUUUCUCCUCCGACUAAGCGUGUGCGUAAAUCGUCUCGACAUGUCAAGAGUGGAGAUGAUUCGACGGGUAAUAAAGGGGAUGGAAUGGAUAGUUUGAGAGAUAAUGCAGUUCAGAAGCUUCAAACUUACUCUUAUUUGGUUUAUCUUUGUGUUUCACAUCCGAAGAAAGCAUUUCCAGAGUCUGAUUUGCUUCCAGGUAUUCGUGAAUUGCAUGAUAAUCUUGUUUUAUUCGAGUCGGAAUCUGUUCUGCAGCUGGAGAUAGCUAAUUUGUGUGAGGAGUGGUGGAAGAGUGAAAUUCAGGGGAGAGAGGUUUUAAUUUCGCAGUUGUUACCUUAUUUAUUGUCGAGAUCAUUGACUUUGAAGAAGAAGGUGGAUGUUCAUAGAGUUUAUGUUCUUCGAGAGGCUUUUGCUUUGUUUGAUUUUGAGGAUGAUAGUAUUGAGGAUUUGAAGUUACUACUUAUGAGGUGUUUGAUUUCGCCUUUGUAUUUGAAGACUGAUGAUGGCAGGAAAUUUAUUGCAUUUAUGUUUGGAUUGAGCUUUCGGAUGCUGAAGGAAGCUCUGGCGAUGAUCCAAUCGCAGAUUCCAUUUGGCCGUAAGUCGAUGCUGGAGGCUUAUGCGGAUAUUUUAUUUAGAGCUUGGAAAGUGAUGAAAGGGGAAUUACUUGAAGAAAUUGAAAGUGGGUUCUUGCAGAAGCUAAUUGAUGGUGCAAUUCAUGGGAGUUCGUCUUCAUUUGCAGCUUCAGUACGGAGGGUUUUGGGUGGUUUUAUUAAUCAGAGAACCGUAGAAGGUGUUGAAAAGCUCCUCUAUCGUCUUGCUGAACCUGUGAUAUUUCGAUCACUACAGGUUGCAAACUCGGAUGUUAGGAAGAAUGCAUUGCAUCUACUCCUAGACUUAUUUCCUCUUGAAGAUCCGGAUUCUACGAAGGAUGUCAAAGACAUAUUGCUUGAUAGACAGUUCUUUUUAUUAGAGAGAUUGGUAAUGGAUGAAUGUCCUGAGGUCCGGGUUGUUGCAGUUGAAGGUUGCUGUCGAAUUCUUUCUUUAUUUUGGGAAGUGAUUCCUUCCUCAACAAUCACAAAGAUACUCAAAAAAUUAUUUGAUGAUAUUAGUCAUGACACAUGUGUUGAAGUGAGAAGUUCCACACUGAAUGGCAUUAUAUAUUUGAUGGGUAAUCCUCAGUCACAUGAGAUUCUUAAGGCACUUCUACCAAGAUUUAAGCAUAUGAUUUUGGAUUCAUCCACUUCAAUCAGAUCUACAUUACUUGAUCUCCUUCUACUUAUAAGUGAUAUUCGAACUUUUCAGUUUCACAAGGUUGUGCCUUUAGAAAUGUUACUGUCCACACUUGCAAAUGAUCAACCAGUUAUUGCAGAUAAAAUUACUAAACUUUUAAUUCCAUCAUAUUUCCCCUCCAAAACAAAUCCUAAGGAAGCUUGCAGCCGCUGUAUCACACUUAUAAAAAGGUCACCUGCAGCUGGUGCAAGGUUUUGUGAAUUUGCCCUAUCAGGAGGGGCAUCUUUUGGGUCUCUAAUUGAACUUGCCAAAGAAUUAAUAAAUAUGAUUCUAUCACCACACCAGCUUGAUGCAGCUCAGAUUGAUGGGAUUCUUCUAGCUACAGCUCACAUUUGCAAAAAUGUAGUUAACGAGGGUUCUUGCAUAACCACCCUAAAGAAAUUACUGUCUCCUGAAAGGUUAAGACGAUUGUUUGCUGCUUCAUCCUCUAGACAUGCUCAAUCUUCUUUAUGUGAUAUAAUUUCCUAUAUCUCGCCAAAUGAUGUUGGUGAUCUUCUGAAAACAUGCAUGGCCUUGAUAACUAAUGGUUGUGAUUUACAUGAAAACCUUGAUUGGCAAGUUGAAGUUAGGUCUGCCCACAAGGUGAUGUUUUCUUGUAAUGGAUUUGAUGAUAUGUUAGAAACUAUUACAAGACUUCUACAAAAUGCUGCUAAUGAGGAUAUUGAGUUUACAGCAAAGCGAAGAAGGGUAAGAUCCUCUGGGAAAAUCUCGGCAAAAAUAAAACAUAACAGCAAGAGGUCUUCCAUCUCCACAUUUAAAGAGAAUUAUUUAAAAGCUGUAGGAAUAUCAUGGCAAAUAAAAGAUUUGCUUGUGUGUGAUGACACGAGAAAAGCAAUUUUAGGGUCUAGGAUUUUGGAUACCACAUUGUUUGCUCUCAAGGAUAUCUCAGAGAUGAGCAUUUUGCGGUGCAUGGGUUUUGAUUAUAUGCAUUCAUAUCCGGUUUUGGCCUACACUUCCCUUGCCUUGCACAUUUCUCUCCAAAGUGACGCUAUAAAUGAAGAAAACAGCUGUACAAGCAGCAAAAAGAAAUCUCGUUUUCAUUUCCCGGGAUCAUCAUCUGAGGAACCUUUCUUGGAGCAGAUGGUGAAUCAUCUAAUGAGUUGUACAAGUAACUUACUUGUACAACAACUCUCCCACAAUGGUGAAAAGGUGGGAGAAGAUCAUGAAGAUGUUGGUGGACCAGUCAAUAAGCAACAAAGGAUAGUGAACACUGUGAAGAUUCUAACAGCAGUGCUGAAGUUUAUUGUUGAUGCAACUGCUCUUAAUCUUAUUUCCAACAACUCAGAAAGAUGCUUGACUUUCACCAUACAAUACCUAGAAUUCAUCAUCUCUAAUCUAAGCAAGCAUUCAAGUGAACUUCUGUUGUCUAAUGAAGAAGACCAGAAAGAAUCAGUUCUCUGUCUGAAGAGUUCCUGCACCUAUGCCGCCAAAUUCCUAAACCUACUCGCAAAAUCCGCCAAACCUUCCCUACCUUCAACGACAAUAAACACUCUCGCGAAUCACAUAUUCGACUUAAUUCUAACAGUAGAGUUGAGUCUGGGCUCCAAGAACACAACCCACAUCCUAACCGCCAUAAAACCAUGGCUGCCCGAUAUGACUCUUGGUUUGGGAUCAACAAGUUCUGAUUCCAACAGUGGUAACUCCCAAAUCCCUUCAUGGGUAUCGUUUAUAACGAAGAUAGAACUUUCCGAAUUGAGUGAAGAAGAGAUUUCAUCCGGGUGGGAAAAAGUUCCAGUUUUCAAAAAACUGAUUGAACUGGCUAUGAAACUAUUGAAGGGACAAAUGGAUAUAGUGGAUUUAGUUGGAAUGUCUUUAUUGAAGUAUGUAGGGAUUGGAUUGGAAAGGAAGGAGUUUGAGUUUGUUCUUGGAUUAGUGCGGUUUAUUUGCUUGAAAUUGGUUGGGAAUGAUGAAAAGCUAUGGAAGGAUGAUGAUCUUAAGCUGAUGCCUUCAUAUCUUAUGUAUAUUUAUAAGGAGAUUAAAAGGGAAGCUUUAGAUCCUAGUAAUGAUGAUGAUUCUAGGGGGCUAUUACAGAGUGCUGUGGAAUUGCUUGAACCAGCUUGCUUAAAUUAUAAUGCUGGUGAUGGUGAAUGGAGUUAGAUAAUAAUAUUGUAAGUGUUUUAUGAUUCUUUUUUUGGUAAGGUUUAAUGAAACUAGAAGUUCAAUUAAACUUAACUAUGUGUAGAUGUGUUUAUUGAGUUGCACAUUUUGUGCACAUUUUAAAAAGCAAAGUGCUGAAGAUAGUUUGAUA